UGGAGCCAACAUGGCUGCCCCGGCGCCCGUCGGCCGCUCGGGCUCCCGCUGUGCCCGGCUGGCUGCGGGCCUCCGGCUGCUCCCGAUCCUGGGACUUGUGCAGCUGCUGGCCGAGCCCGGCUUGGGCCGCGUCCACCACCUGGCACUCAAGGACGACGUGAGGCACAAGGUUCACCUGAACACCUUUGGCUUCUUCAAGGAUGGGUACAUGCAAGUCAACGUCAGCAGCCUGUCGGUGAGCGAGCCUGAAAGAGCCACAGACAAGGACGCCGCCCUUGGAUUCAGCCUAGAACGUACGAAGAACGAUGGCUUUUCGUCCUACCUGGAUGAAGAUGCGAAUUACUGUAUUCUGAAGAAGCAGUCCGUCUCCGUCACUCUUCUAAUCCUAGACUUCUCCAGAAGUGAGGUGAAAGUCAAGUCUCCAUCGGAAGCUGGUGCUCCCUUCCCAGUGGUGGUCGUCAGCAGGGACGACAAAGUCCUUGGUCAGAGCCAAAAGCCCGAUGCCGACCCUGGCUCCACAGGCAACCACACCCAGGAAGCCCAAGAAAGUGAGAAUUCUAAAAGAAGUACAGUGGAGUCCAAGGCGACAGGCGAGAAAUCCUGUUCUGUGCACACUAGUGGCGGUGCCGUUUCAUUUCAGUUUUUCUUUAACAUCAGCACCGAUGACCAAGCGGGCCUUUACAGCCUGUAUUUUCACAAGUGCCCCGGGAAGCAGUCGCAGCCUGUGGACAAGUUUUCCUUCAGCCUGGACAUUAAGAUCACAGAGAAGAAUCCUGACAGCUACCUCUCUGCGGGAGAAAUCCCGCUCCCCAAGCUGUACAUCUCUGUGGCGUUUUUCUUCUUCCUCUCGGGGACCGUCUGGAUCCACAUCCUUCGAAAGAGAAGGAACGAUGUGUUUAAAAUCCACUGGCUGAUGGCGGCCCUUCCCUUCACCAAGUCUCUCUCCCUGGUGUUUCAUGCAAUCGACUACCACUACAUCUCCUCCCAGGGCUUCCCCAUCGAGGGCUGGGCCGUGGUGUACUACAUAACCCACCUGCUGAAGGGGGCGCUGCUGUUCAUCACCAUCGCACUCAUCGGCACUGGCUGGGCUUUCAUUAAACACAUCCUCUCAGAUAAGGACAAAAAGAUCUUCAUGAUCGUCAUCCCACUGCAGGUCCUGGCCAACGUGGCCUACAUCAUCAUCGAGUCCACCGAGGAGGGCACCACGGAGUACGGCCUGUGGAAGGACUCCCUGUUUCUGGUGGACCUGCUGUGCUGCGGAGCCAUCCUCUUCCCAGUGGUGUGGUCAAUCAGGCACUUACAGGAGGCAUCAGCAACAGAUGGAAAAGCUGCUAUCAACCUAGCAAAGCUGAAGCUUUUCAGACACUACUACGUCUUGAUCGUGUGUUACAUAUACUUCACCAGGAUCAUUGCGUUUCUCCUUAAACUUGCUGUUCCCUUCCAGUGGAAGUGGCUCUACCAGCUCCUGGAUGAAAUGGCCACGCUGGUGUUCUUUGUGCUCACGGGGUACAAGUUCCGCCCAGCUUCAGAUAACCCCUACCUGCAGCUGUCUCAGGAGGAGGACGACCUGGAGAUGGAGUCUGUAGUGACAGCGUCUGGGGUGAUGGAGAACGUGAAGAAGGUCAAGAAGGCAACCAACGGAUCCGUGGAGCCCCCGGGCGGCUGGGCGGGCACGGCGUGAUCUCCCGCCGGGGGCCGGCGCCCGGCUGGGGACAGCGCCCGGCACAGACUGUUCACACACUGACGGUCCUGCUGGCCAGCAGGAGCUUCCCGACAGCCCCAGCGCGGGCGCGGCCGCCUCCAGCCUCUCGCUUUCAGCUGGGUCUGCGGCUGGUGGCAGGCAGCUAGGACUCCUCAGGUGGGAGCGUUUGGUGGGGGGAGGGACAGAGGAGGAUAAAAGGAAGAGAAUCUGUUUUUAAAUUUCUUUUUUUUUUUCCUUUUUAACUGGGAGCACUGAGGGGCGCAGCUGUGCCCCGUGCGUGUUGCACCCAGGGAGCGGUGGUGGCUGGGCAGGAGGCACGGGCGGGCUGUCUCCACGGUACAGUGCAGGGAGGGGCCGACAGGUACCGUGGAAAAGCAAAGUGAGUAUAGCCCUUGCCUUCUGCUCCUGGCCCUGCGACCCCAGACCCUCGUUCCGGAUUCUGACAGCCCCGGAGGCCGGGCGUCUGACAGCACUGUGGGGUCUGUGUUGCCAGGUGCACGGAAGGAUAUAGACGCUCCCAGAGCCUGGGCCCUGGCUGCCCACGCACCUGCCCCGCCCCCCUCCCUCCCUCUCAGGGCCGUGUCUGUUCUUGGAAGAAGGGAAGGAAUUUCCUUACGGGUCAGCUAGGGGCCAGAAAGGUGGUGUUUCGGCCGGGGCUUCAGUACAGCAAACCCUUGGGCAAGCGCGGGUUCCCCAGAGAGGUGUUACCGGGCUGGGGCCCAUGUUGCAGGGAAGGCGCGGGGGGAAGUGAGUGCGUGGGGGCGUCUGAGUGGUGACAGAACGGCAGCUCUCACCACGCUUGGGCUGGGGGUGGGCAGUAUUUUGAGUCGCAGAUGGACACACUCAGAGGCGCUGUGACCAGAGAUGGCGCCGGCAGGAGCGUUGAUGCUUAGGGCUGGGGGCUGCCAGCAAGCCCAGGGCACCCCUGCUGGGCUUACACCCGGGGUGACAGCAGCGCCUGGGGUUGCUUUCUCAUCUCCAGUUGGGGUCUGUGAGACGCCAUGGGGGCCGAGGGUGACAGUGCCCCAGGUCCCUUCUUGGCCAUCUCUGUGCUGGGGUCACUCCCUGAGUGUCCCGAGGAAGUGAGGUCGCUGUGCACUUCGCUCCCCUCCAAGCUCUGCCCAGCCCACCCCUGGCUGACUCCCAAAGAACAUGCUCCUCCCUGGGCCUCUGGGGGUGUGGAUUGUCCCGUCUUGGGGAGAAGGCAGGCGUACCCCAAGUGUUCACUUUCAUGUUUUACUGUCUCGGAGCUGUGUGACGGGUGGGGUGGCACUCCAUGUUCCUGUGCAUCAGCGACACCAGUGCUGCAGGAGUGGAGUCUCAGGUUGUGACCCCCCAGGCCCUCCUGGGCUCCUGGGCAAGAGCAAGAGGUGUGAUGACCCCUCCCUGCCAGGAGGGGUCCCCAUUUCCCAGACUGGGGUGCAGGCAGGGGAGUGAGGGAGGGAAGAGGAGCACGGAGCCCAGCCCGAGCGCCGGGCGCACCUCCCUGCAGGCGCCCUGCUCGCUCCCAGUGGCUGGUGGCUGCAGAUGGCAGCCCGCGGGCCUCAGCACAGGGCUGCACGGGUGAGAGGGCACACUGGCCACAGCGUCCGGCACGGGGCCUGGCUGCCCAUCCUGUGCCGGGGUUAGAGGAAGGGUCCAAGCCAGCGUGGUGAUACCGGAACUCAGAACUUCAGCCCAAGGUGGCAAAGCCGGUCACGGCUCCAAUUUUCCAAGCAGUGUUGUCAGCUUCCCGCCCUGUCUGAAUGUCUCUCGUCCAUGGCCUGAGCUGCGACCCAGCCUUCGGCUCUGCUGGGGCUGCUGCCGGUUGCUCCCCCAGCUCACAAGCGGCCUCCCUGCUGCCUGAUGCCCAGAGUCCUCUGGGGCUUGGCGUCACCCCGUGUUUGGAUGCUGGAGCCCUUGCGGUAUUUGGGGGCAGGAGAGCUGGGCUGCACGUGGCAGAACUGCUGCUGGUAUUUAUAGCUGUGCUUUGUGCUCCCUGCCCUGUCUGCCCAGAAUGUCCGCGCUCCGUGGAGAGAGCUGCCCCAGAAUGUCCGCGCUCCGUGGAGAGCUGCGUGGACUGCAGGUGCCGCCAGCCGCGAGGUUAACAAGUUGCAUGCAUUUUGCUAGAAAACCGUUUUCUGGACAAUAGGAGCCAUCACUGAUCCCCCGACCCCAGCUCCUGACGGCAGCAAGGACUGGGUCUGUCUGUUUCGCGGUCCCUCCAUGCUUCCAAGGUUAGCAGUGAUGCGGGCAGGAUGCCGGCUGGAACUGGUGGGCUGGCACCUCUGGCUCCUGAGGUGGGCGGGCCGGGGCCUUGCUCCCGUGUGAGAGGCCCUGGCCUCAGUCCAGGUUCCUUUAACAGACCACGUCACAUACAGCCGGGCUGCCCCUGGACGUGCCACUCAGGGUGGGGUCUCCACUGUCCCUGGCCCCACAGCCUCCCCUCCCCUCCCUUCCGCCAGGCUUGCCGUAGGAUUCCAGCCCAGGCUAUGGUGCAGGGCGGCGUCUCCCUCCCCGCAGCCGUGUGCGGAGGUCUCACGGGGGGGGGGGGGGGUUACUCAUUAGAGCAUGGCAAGUCCGCUGCCAGAGGGGAGUGCAGGAGCCCACUCAUCUCAAGUCCUGGCCUUUGUCCAGGAGGCCCCUAGGGCGAGGCCUGAGGCUGCUGGCCCAGCUCCAGACGCCUGGACCCAGGCUGCUGCAGGUCCCCCUUCCGCCCUCACAGCGCGCGCUGCAUCCCGGAGCCUGGGCUGCCGCUCGUUUCUCCUUGCAGGACUCAGUGCGCCGAUGGCUUCUGCUGCACCCGUGCCUCUUGGUUUAUCAAGAAGGCAUCGAUGUGGAAAUACCCAGUUGUCCUGGAAGGUCCGUUCACGCGCUUCCCCGGGUGUUGCGGGCGGGCGGUCUGUGAGACGCGCACCUUGGGCCAUGCCGGUGCUGCACGGUGGGCCCGGUCUCCUGGGGAAGCCGCUGUGCCUGUCCACGUGGGCCGUGCUGGAAGAACGCUGCCUUUCGGCUAGCGCACGGGGCGCGUACCCCAAAACACCGUGUGGGGGAGACCCCCUGAGGGGCGCGGUGGGCCGCGGUCAGCCAGAUCAGGGGAUUCUUGGCGGGCAGCUUGCAGCUGGCCAUCGGAAGGGGGGUUAGAAUAGUCAGUGGAGGUCAGAGGAGCGGAAGUGCCCAGGGGCCCGUGGCAGUCAGCUCUCAGCGAUGUGAUGUGGCGCAGCCAGAGCCGGCGGCGGGGCCAGAGGUCAGCCUCCUCAGUGCGGAAGGUGCUGUGAGGUUGCAAGACCAGGGAGUGCCGGCCUCUGCCGCCUCUGGGCGCCGUCCGUUGCGUCUGCCUGUGCACGUGACCCCAGGGGCACAGACGCCUGGAAUCCAGAAGUUGGGUUUGAGCAGGGGUUUGCAGGUCUACAAGUGACAUUGGCUUUUCAGGUUAAACUGGGGUGCAGGGGGCUUCGGUAACCUUCUAGCCGUAACGACCGCGGCAGAGUAUCUAUGUAAACGUGACGGGCGGGGUCGGGUCAGGUACUGCUCAUGUGUACAAUAAAGGCUCUGUGACGGCAGUGUGUGUGUGCGGCCUCCCGGGCGCCCUCCGCACCUCCCUCUC